AUGGAUGAAGUGAAUCACUCAGUGGUGUCUGAGUUUGUGUUCGUGGGACUUUCCAACUCAUGGGAGAUCCAGCUGCUCCUCUUCCUUUCUUCCUCUGUGUUCUAUGCUGCAAGCCUGAUGGGGAACCUCCUUAUUGUGCUAACAGUGAUCUUUGAUCCUCAUUUAAAGUCCCCCAUGUACUUCCUGCUGGCCAACCUCUCCAUCAUCGAUGUGAUGUUUUGCUCCUCCACAACUCCCAGGAUGAUUUAUGAUCUUUUCAGAAAGCAAAAAACCAUCUCUUUUGGGGGUUGCAUAGUUCAAAUCUUCUUUAUUCAUGCAAUUGGUGGCACUGAGAUGGUGCUGCUCAUCGCCAUGGCCUUUGACAGGUAUGUGGCCAUAUGUAAGCCCCUCCACUACCUGACCAUCAUGAGCCCACGUAUGUGCAUUAUAUUUUUGGUCACUUCCUGGAUUAUUGGCCUUAUUCAUUCAGUGGCUCAGCUGGUUUUUGUUGUAGACUUGCCUUUCUGUGGCCCUAAUGAAUUGGAUAGCUUUUUUUGUGAUUUGCCUGGAUUUAUCAAGGUUGCUUGCAUAGACACUUAUACAUUGGGAUUUAUGGUCACUGCCAAUAGUGGUUUUAUUUCUGUAGCUGCCUUUUUCAUUCUGAUAAUCUCUUACAUCUUUAUUUUGGUGACUGUUCAGAAAAAAUCUUCAGGCAGCAUAUCCAAGGCCCUCUCUACCCUGUCAGCUCAUGUCACUGUGGUCAUUUUAUUCUUUGGGCCACUGAUCUUUUUUUAUAUAUGGCCCUUUCCUAUAUCACCUCUGGACAAAUUUCUUGCCCUAUUUGAUGCAGUUAUCACUCCUUUCCUAAAUCCAGUCAUUUAUACUUUUAGGAACAAAGAUAUGAAAGUAGCAAUGAGGAAACUAUGUGCUCAGCUUGUGAAUUAUAGUGAAAUCUCUUAA